UUCUUUUAAUACACUAACCUCUCUUUUUUCGCUUUUAAGGCUUUUUAUCAAACGAGUGGCACGCAUAGCAUUGCCAAUUGGGGAAUCGAGAAACUUCACUUUUCCUUGGUUUGCUCUUUAGCUUCUUUGAUCUUUACUUUUUCUGGGUAUUUCUUAUAUUGUCGGGAAAUUGAAGAAAGAGAGAAAAAUAAGAGGAAUAUGGAUGGAGCGGAGUUGGAGUUAGAGAGGAGAAGCAAAUUCUUGAGCAGUUUGAUUCAAAAGAAGAAAGCUAUAGAACAACAAGAGCAAACUGAACGUUUUAAUGUUAAAGUCAGAGCUUCAGAUAUGCCUUUAGCUCUUCAAAACAAGGCUUUUAAAUGUGCUCGAGACCAGCUUGAUUAUAUGCCUGGAAAGCUUGAUAGUAAACGCCUAGCCCUUGCACUUAAGAAGGAAUUCGACUCAACAUACGGUCAUGCUUGGCACUGCAUCGUGGGAACUAGCUUCGGUUCAUAUGUGACACAUUCACUUGGAGGUUUCUUGUAUUUUUCAAUUGACAAGGUUUACAUUCUUCUCUUCAAGACCGUUGUCGAGCCAUUAGAUCAUUGAUGAUUUCAACAGAUUUGUGUUCUGCACACUUGUGUUGGUAACAAAUUUCCAUUUUGAAGUUACUUGUACAACUACAGAGUGCAGAAAUGAUAAACAUGUCUAUUGUUGAUCUUCCAAUAUUCAUGUUGUACUUGUCAAGUACUGAAAGUGUAAUGAAUGAUGGUUUCUGUC